AUGCAGCAAGCUCACCGCCCUGGGAAUUUGAAGCAAAGCAAUAAGACCCACAAAUCAAAACACAGAUCGAAGCGUGGUAUUGCUGCUGCUGUAAAAGGCAAAGUCAAUUUAAAGGAGUAUGUACGUCGCAAUCGCCAUGAACUUAAGCGUGACGAGCGCCGACAUCAAGCUAAGCAAAUUCGUAAAAACAAACGGGACGACGUUUUAGCUAAGAAACGUGCACUUGGUGGUACCAGAAACCCACCGUUUUUGGUGUGUGUUGUUCCUCUAAAUAGGCAGCUUGAUGUACAAUCUGCUUUGGCUAUAUUAAAAACUUGUUCUGAAGGUGCUAUUGUAACACAAGUCCAAAGUGGAAUUUUGCAUCUUGGCUUACCUAAUUUUAAGCAACGGUUUUCAUUUAUUGCACCUGAAAUUGAAAAUGACUUUGCACUUUUGGAUGCAUUGAAAAUUGUGGAUACUGUGUUAUUUGUCUGUUCUGCUCUGGAACCUAUAGAUGACUGGGGAGAAAAAGCUUUGGCCUUAGCUAUGGCCCAGGGCAUGCCAACACCUGUUGUAGUAGCCAUGGAUAUUGAAGGAGUAAACCCAAAAAAACGGACCUCAGAAAAACAAAAUGUCCAAAAACUUGUGUCAAAAUGGCUGCCCGAGGAAAAAGUAAUGCAGUUAGAUAAAAGUUCAGAUGGUCUAAAUUUACUGCGUAGAAUUGGCAAUCAGAAACGUAAUGUCAUACAUCAUAGAGAAAAGAGACCUUAUAUGCUUGCAGAAGAAGUUGAGUAUGUUCCUGAUGAAGAUGGUCAGAGUGGCACAUUGAAAUUAACAGGUUAUCUCAGAGGAAUGCCUUUAAAUGUUAAUGGUUUAGUUCAUAUAUCUGGAUUAGGAGAUUUUCAAAUGUCCAGAAUUGAUGGUCAUGAUGAUCCACAUCCUAUCAACACAGCUAAAGAAACAAAGACAAAUUCUAUGGACUCUGAAACUGUUAAAGUGACUAUCUUACAAACAGCUGACCCUGCUAAACAAGAGACCCUUGUAUCUGAAAAUAUACCGGAUCCAAUGGAUGCAGAACAGACAUGGCCAACGGAAGAAGAAAUAGAAGAAGCAAAUAAGCAAACAAAGAAAAGGGUUAAGAAAGUACCAAAAGGUUGGUCUGACUAUCAGGCAGCAUGGAUAGUUGAGUCAGAUGCUGAAGAUGAAGAUGGUUCUGAAGUUAGUGAAGGUCCUGAAAAUGAAGAUGAUUUUAUGUCAUGUGAAGAAUCAAACUCUGAACAAGACGAUGAGGAAAUAAAUGACUUUGAAUCUGUUACCGAGUCUGUAAUAGGUCCCACAGAUGAAAAAUAUGAUGAAACUAUAGAUGCUCAUGAAGAGCAUGAGAUGUUAAAGAAAUUGGCUGCAGCUCGUGAAGAUCAGCAGUUUCCAGAUGAAGUAGACACUCCUCAUGAUUUACCAGCAAGGGAAAGAUUUAACAGAUAUAGAGGCCUGGAAUCCUUUAGGACCUCAUCUUGGGAUCCGAAAGAAAAUUUACCUGCUGAUUACGCGCGUAUAUUUCAGUUUGAAAAUUACGAUCGAACUAGAAAACGUGUUUUCAAAGAGCUUGAAGAUAGUUUGGAAAAUAUGUAUGGCGUUUAUAUAACAAUUCAUGUAAGGAAUGUCAGACAAGAUUUAUGGAAAGUGUUUAAUUCUGCAAAUCCCAACACACCUUUAUCAGUUUUUGGAUUACUGCCACACGAAAACAAGAUGUCCGUUAUGAAUGUUGUCUUAAAGAGAACAGGUGUAAGUGAAGAACCUAUACAGAGCAAGGAAAGACUGAUCUUUCAAGUUGGUUAUAGGAGGUUUAUUGUUAACCCAAUAUUUAGUCAGCAUACAAACGGAAGUAAACAUAAGUAUGAACGUUUCUUUCAACCGGCGUCCACGUGCGUAGCUACAUUUUACGCUCCCAUCCAAUUCAGUCCCUCUUCUGUACUAUGUUUUAAGGAGAAAAAGAAUACAAAUUUGCAAUUAGUUGCAUCCGGAGUACUGCUCUCAUGUAACCCUGACAGAUUAAUUGUUAAGAGGAUUAUACUUUCAGGACAUCCUUAUAAGGUACACACAAAAUCAGCUGUGAUAAGAUUCAUGUUCUUUAGUAGAGAAGAUGUUUUAUACUUUAAACCUUGCAAACUUCGAACUAAAUAUGGCAGAACGGGACAUAUAAAGGAACCUUUAGGUACACAUGGACAUAUGAAGUGUGUGUUUGACGGUCAACUCAAAUCUCAAGACACAGUACUGCUGAACCUCUACAAACGAAUGUUUCCAAAGUGGAAUUACGAGAAUUGUAUUGUUACUGAUCGAGAUUGUAAAGCAAGUGAUAUGAUGGAAUAA